AUGAACCGGCAGCUAGUGAACAUUUUGACAGCCUUGUUUGCAUUUUCCUUAGAGACAGGCCACUUCAGGACGGCUUUCGGCAAAGACCAUGACUCCAGGUCUGGAAAACAACCUUCGCAGACCCUAUCUCCUUCAGAUUUCUUGGACAAAUUAAUGGGAAGGACAUCGGGAUAUGAUGCAAGAAUCAGACCAAACUUUAAAGGUCCUCCAGUAAACGUUACUUGCAAUAUUUUUAUCAACAGUUUUGGAUCAGUCACAGAAACCACCAUGGAUUACCGAGUGAACAUUUUUCUGAGACAACAGUGGAAUGACUCUCGGUUGGCAUAUAGCGAGUACCCCGAUGAUUCCCUGGACUUAGACCCAUCGAUGCUGGACUCCAUUUGGAAACCAGAUUUGUUCUUUGCCAAUGAGAAGGGUGCCAACUUCCAUGAUGUCACCACCGACAACAAAUUGCUUCGGAUUUCAAAAAAUGGCAAAGUGCUUUACAGUAUCAGGCUCACUUUGACCUUAUCCUGUCCCAUGGACUUGAAGAACUUCCCCAUGGACGUCCAGACUUGCACAAUGCAGCUGGAGAGUUUUGGGUACACGAUGAAUGACCUGAUAUUUGAAUGGUUAAGCGAUGGUCCAGUUCAAGUUGCCGAAGGAUUGACUCUGCCUCAGUUUAUUUUGAAAGAAGAGAAGGAACUUGGCUACUGCACAAAACACUACAAUACCGGAAAGUUCACCUGUAUCGAGGUUAAGUUUCACCUGGAACGCCAGAUGGGAUAUUACUUGAUUCAGAUGUACAUCCCCAGUCUCUUGAUAGUCAUUUUGUCCUGGGUCUCCUUUUGGAUAAACAUGGAUGCAGCCCCUGCCAGGGUCGCACUGGGCAUCACCACGGUUUUGACGAUGACCACUCAGAGCUCAGGCUCCAGGGCAUCUCUGCCAAAGGUCUCCUAUGUCAAAGCUAUUGACAUCUGGAUGGCAGUGUGCCUUCUGUUUGUGUUCGCUGCCCUGCUGGAGUACGCAGCAGUGAACUUUGUUUCCCGGCAACACAAGGAGUUCCUGCGGCUCCGAAGAAGACAGAAGAGGCAGAAUAAGGAAGAAGAUGUUACUCGCGAAAGCCGUUUUAAUUUCAGUGGUUAUGGGAUGGGUCACUGCCUCCAAGUGAAGGAUGGAACAGCUGUCAAGACCACGCCUGCCAACGUGAUCCCACAACCCCCGAAAGAUGCAGAUGCCAUCAAGAAGAAGUUUGUGGACCGGGCAAAAAGGAUUGACACGAUAUCUCGAGCUGCCUUCCCGUUGGCUUUCCUCAUUUUCAACAUCUUUUACUGGAUCACAUACAAGAUCAUUCGGCAUGAAGAUGUCCACAAGAAAUAG